AUGGAUACCUUUCUUUUUGAGCUUCGGUGCAUGGUCUAUGCUGAAUGUGUCAAGAUUCGCGCCAUUGGGCUCUUAUACGCGAACAAACGCUUCUACAAAGAAUUCAUUCAAUUUCUGAGAGAAAGCAUCGUCCUCGGUUUCCAUAUCGACCUUUCGGCACCAUCAACCGCCGUCAAGCUCAUUAACUCGGACAACUUCCAAUGGGGCAAUAACUGCACGAUCGAUGCCACCUCGCCACAUCCCGAUUAUGGCAUGCUUGAUAGGAUACCAGUGGACCGCUUUGGAGGAAUACGCAUUCUGAUCGAUGCACACCGGAUGUCACCGACCCUGGCCUACUUGUUCGAGGUUGGCUGCAAUGCAACCGACUGGUCACCGGAGUCCCGAGGAUGGCAUUUUCGGGGAGCUUGGAACCGAAAGGUCCCCAACUACAGCUCGUGGGACCCUGUCACGAAAACAGCUUCAAUCAGGCACGAGGGAUCCAACUCCGAGGAGGAGAUCACACUGAGACCCUUCUCACGCAUUAGAUACACUGAGCCUGUAACUAUUGAACUCCCGCGCAAUACACCUUGGGAAAGACCGGUGAACAACCUCAAGGCGGGCCUCGUCAAAUCUUGCAGCCUGAAGCGGUCUUUCGGCCUGGAUUUACGUCCCGAAGCGGAAUGGAGCGAUGACGACACCCUCGCCAUUGAAGAUGCCCUUCACGUGUGGCUCGACUGCCUUCUUGACGACAUGGAGGGCCCAACCGCCGCACUUUUACAGCGCGAUCGACUCAAGUUCUGGCGCUCGGGGUAUGAAUACCAGAUGGGUUGGCACUUCCACGGCUUCGUGCUCGAUGAGGCAGUGCCGCGGGCUACCUGGACGAAGAGCUCUUCGACCACAUCAAGCAAUCCUUCCACGGCAGGUUCAUGA